GGAAGUUGCUUGCGAGGCCAGGGCCUCAGUCUGUCCCGGAGAUCUCCAAGAGCGGGUCGUCCCUCCCCUCAAGCUAAAGGUGGACCUCAAACUCCAAGACCUCGACUUCUGGGACAGCCUUCAUGGCCAGGUCCCGGGGUUGCUUGACUGGGACAUGGGCAAUGAAAUCUUUCUGGCCAGCACCACAUCGCACUUGUCGACCGCGGAGCAGAACCUGGCCAGGUACAGACUUCGGAUAGUGGAACCACCAAAGCCACCUCUGGCGAUAAAGCCCCGUGCUGAUCCAGACGGACCUGAAAUUGAGCCUAACCUGUGGAUGUGGGUCAACCCUAACGUUGUGUAUCCACCGGGAAAGCUGGAAGCACAAAGAGUGAACGAGAAAGAGGAUGUGGCAGACUCAAACCCUUGCGCUCAGGAGUCCUGCAAUGAGGAAGAUGCCUACUGCCCAGAGGCCACAGGGGUUGAUGCACUUUCGCCUUCCUCCACGGAGCAGUCUCCGUCACAGAAGCACUUUACCUCUUCAUCUCCUAGCAGCUGGGAGCUCACAGAAGAGGAGGAGGAGGAGGCUGAGGACCAGGAUGACAGCUCCUCUGUGGCUCUCCCGUCCCCUCACAAAAGGGCCCCCCUCCAGAGUUGGAGGCUUCAGCAAGCCAGCACCCAGGAGGGCAGGCGCUGGUCCCGGCCCCCUCUCAAUUACUUCCACCUAGUUGCCCUGGCCUUAAGAAACAGUGCCCCCCGAGGUCUCAACGUGCAGCAGAUCUACAGUUUCACUCGACAACACUUUCCGUUUUUCCGGACGGCUCCGGAAGGCUGGAAGAAUACGAUUCGCCACAAUCUCUGUUUCCGAGAAAACUUUGAGAAAGUGCCGGUCAGUAUGCAGGUCGGGGCCAGCUCCCGGCCCCGCUCCUGCCUCUGGAAGUUGACCGAGGAGGGACGCCGCCGCUUUGCGGAGGAGGCCCGCGCCUUGGCUUCCACCCAGCUGGAAAGUAUCCAGCAGUGCAUGAGCCAGCCAGGUGUGAGGCCUCAGUGUGAGCAGUGGGCCCUGGGGAGGGGCCUGCCACCUUGCAGCUGAGAGCUGGAGCAUGCCAGCCUGGGGCACCUUGUGUAAGCAGCGGGGAGGGCAGAGGCAGUCUGACACCCUCUGGUGAUCUCUGCUUCCAGCCCGGCUCCACACAGGAACAGGGCCAGCAUACCAUGUGAGAGGCACAGUGCUGGGUCAUGUGUAGAAGGGCCUGUCUUCUGGAACAACUCAGUAAUUGAGUAGCAUUCGAGCCAGGAGAGGUAGAUGACCUGUAAGAACAUCCCAGACUUGGA